AUGCUGCAACCGAUUUCCAACUCGAAACCAAGGUCAAAAUCAAAUCCUAAGAAUACCACGAUAAACCUGAAACCACAACCAGGUAAUAGUAAAUUGAAUUGGAAUUUCAAGGACUUAUUAAAACUCCCAGCAGUGUCUCCACCUGUAUUAAAAUCCAAUAAACCAGCAACAACCCCCAAUGCCAUUGAAUAUGUCCCAUUUGUAUCUGAUGCAAAGACUGUGUCCUCAGAGUCAUCAGCAGCUUCGAAUAAUUCCCAAUCUCAUAAUGUAAGCAAAUGUUAUUGUUGUGGAACAAUUUUGACUUUCCCCAAUAGAGCCAAAAAAUUUAGAUGCUCGGUAUGUCACACAACCAUGAUAUUGGAAGUCAUCAAGACUCGAGAAAGUCAGUCACCAGCAGAUACUCCCUACAUGUCAUAUAAUUAUGUCAAAUCUUUAGCAGAUGAAUGUUUCAAGAAUGCCAGUUCUAGUCGAGGACAAUCGAAAUCAUUGCAUGAGAUAUUUCAACCAUUAUCAGACUACUUGUAUAAUGCAUUCAGGCACCACGAUAUACUCAACAAUUCUUUUAAACUACGAGCACAUAGUAAAAAAGCACAUCAUUCUACUUCAAAUAUUUAUUAUGCAGGUGUUCGAGAUGUAAUUACCUUGCUUACAAAACUUCCCACAAAAAAACCACUAUAUUCUGCAUUAAAAGGUACGAGUGAACAAUUGAAAAGAAUAAAUGUCUAUAAGAACGAUUCAAACCCCUUGGACUAUAGUUGGCUAUUCAUUGUGUUUGAAAUUCCAAUCUUAUCACGAUCAUUAGUUAUCAGUGAUCCACGUUUGAAACUUAUGAGUGACGUUCCUGAAAUAAAAAUGUUGAGCUAUGAUAUCUUGAAAAGAUGCAUAGGAUUGUUGUCAUGUAUUGAUAGCUCAAAAGUUCUCAGUUACAUGUCGAGUUGGUUUGCCAAGUUAGAUCAACAGGAGUUUAUAAAGAAGAUUGAUUUAAUAAAUCUUUACAUUACUUUUCAGUUGAAAAAGUACUUCUAUUUGGCAAAUAAUCCACAGAUAAAGUUAGGAAACCCACCAACAGGAGAUGAGACAUAUGUCGACAAUAGUGAAACCGAAUAUUUCCAAAGUUUGCAUUUGAAAAAUCAUAUUGAGUCGAAUCUGGAUUUGCUGUCUCCUUGUCCUUUGUCUUUACCUACGGGCCAAGUUUCGACUAAUCCAUUCCCUCUGAAAGGAAAUGGAAAGAAAAAUGGUAAAGAAACGAAGGUUAAGGUCCAUCAAUAUGGGAAUGAUUGGCAUAUCAGAACUGCAUUAGUGGUUCAAGCAUUAUUAUAUCGUGCCAACAAGCUUCGUGAAGAUCCUGUUCCAGUUUCAGUGUUUUAUAAUUCGUUGGUCGAUUAUGUUAACAUAAAGUUGGAUUUUGAUUCGUGGCAAAGCAACAGAAAAACAAGGAACAAAGUUAGCAAAGCUCAGCAGAAUGACUUUUGGGCUGUUAUUGAGUAUAUCCAUGGUACUGGGGUGAAUAAAAGUCUCUAUGAUGAUGCGUUAUUUUACAUCUGUCAAUACCCAUUUUUGAUUUCAUUAGGAAGUAAAAUAUCUGUUUUGGAAUAUGAAGCACGAAGACAAAUGGAAAGAAAGGCAGAGGAAGCCUUUAUCAACUCAUUGGAUAAGAGGGUUGUCAUUGACGUUUAUUUCCGUAUCAGAGUAAGACGUGACCAUAUUGUACAAGAUUCAUUACAACAUAUAAAGAUGAAUCCAGAUAAUUUAAAGAAAAGUUUACGUGUGCAAUUUAUGAAUGAACCAGGUGUCGAUGCAGGUGGAUUGAAAAAGGAAUGGUUUUUAUUGUUAACAAAGGAGAUUUUCCACCCCCAGUCAGGAAUGUUUCACAAUGUGGAAGAUUCGAACUUGCUUUGGUUUAAUGUAAUCCCAGCUGAGAAUCCCGAUAUGUAUUAUCUUUUUGGGGCUAUAUUGGGUUUAGCUAUUUACAAUUCAACCAUAUUGGAUCUACAGUUUCCAAUUGCUUUGUACAAAUUACUUCUUGGACGACCAUUGGAUCAAGAUGAUUAUAAACAAUUAUAUCCUGUAUCAUAUAAGAAUUUGCUUAACUUGAAGACCCUUUCAACUAGUGAUUUGUUACUGUUGGAUUUGACAUUUGAGGUGAGUUACUCUGACAUAUUUGAUAAAACAUACACUGUUGAAUUGAUUCCAGAUGGGGCAAAUACCAAGGUGAAGAUGCACAAUUUGGAUGAAUAUAUUGAAAAGUAUACAUCAUUUUUUAUGAAGGAUGGUAUUAGAAGACAGGUUGACGCGUUCAAGACUGGUUUCAACAAUGUCAUUGGUGGAAAUGCGUUAUCAUUAUUCCUGCCUGAAGAAAUCCAAUUAUUGUUAUGUGGAAGUGAAGAUCACGGAAUAGAUGUUGAUGUAUUGAAGUCGGUGACGAAAUACAUUGGUUGGAGAUCACCAGAGGAUGCUGCAAACUCAAAGAUUAUAACCUGGUUCUGGGAUUACAUGACAAAAAUAUCCAAUAAAGAGAAAAAGAAAUUGUUAAUUUUUGUUACUGGUUCAGAUAGGGUUCCGGCUACAGGUAUUCAGAAUCUACCAUUUAAAAUUAGUUUACUUAAUAAUGGACAAGAUAGUACUCGUCUUCCAAUUGCACAUACUUGUUUUAACGAAUUGGCUUUAUAUAAUUAUACUACAAAAGAAAAAUUUGUGGAGAAAUUGAAUAAGGCAAUAAAUGAAAGUGCUGGUUUUGGAAUCAAGUAA